AUGGUGCAAGCUACUUGUCUGGAACUUUUGGCCUUCCCCAUCACAGAGAUCCAGCCCAGGUUCCUGCUAUUUCUCAUAUUGGCCACUAGAGGGUGCGGUGCAGCAUAUAUUUCUGUGGACGUAAACUCUUGGGGGAAAUUUUUCUCUCCAUCUCUACCCAGAAGCUACAAGAAAAUCAGAGUGAGGUGCUGCAGUGCGUGUGAUGGCUUGUAUCACCUCCACACUGAGAAUGGUGUUAUCUACCAGACCUUCUGUGAUAUGACCUCUGGGGGUGGUGGCUGGACCCUGGUGGCCAGCGUCUAUGAGAACAAUAUGCGUGGGAAAUGCACAUUGGGCAAUCGCUGGUCCAGUCAGCAGGGCAACAGGGUUGACUACGCAGAGGGUGACAGAAACUAGGCCAACUACAACACGUUUGGGUCUGCAGAAGCAGCCACCAGCGAUGACUACGAGAACCCCGGCUACUACGACAUCCAGGCCCAGGACCUGGGCAUCUGGCACGUGCCCAACAAAUUCCCCCUGCAGCACUGGAGGAACAGCUCCCUGCUGAGGUACCACACCAACAUGGGCUUCUUCCGGAGACUGGGGCAUAAUCUGUUUGGUUCUCUCAGGUACAUGGGGCUGCUGGCUGGGGGUGAUUUCCUGAGUGUAGAGACUGAGGAAGUGACUAAGGCUGGGCAUGUGGUCCUAUGGUCCAUGUUCCCCUGA